AUGGCUGUGGUUUUUCACACUCAAAUAGCCUCCAUUAUGGAGGUGCUAGCGAAUGCAGCCGUGGCAGAGAUUUGUAAACUCGUAGACGACGACUAUGCAGUGUUUCGUUUGGAAAUAACUCAAAGCCAGAAAGAAAACGGGGCAUUACGGAGGAAACUACAGUUACUGGAACUGAAGAAGGUGGCGCGAGAGCGCGUCCUCGCCAGUCGUCCCAGUAGUGUCAAGAUCCUCGACCGAUACAGAGGAGUGACAAGAGGCCACGUGAGCUUUGUGAAGCCAGCAGGACACAAUACAUGGAGAGAUGACCAACCAAUCACUGUUGAUGAGGGGAGUGGAACCUCAACCCAGCAUGUUAUUGUGAUAGAGGCUGCAGAUGCUGCAGGUCCUGGGGUCAAGCAGGAGAGUUCUGAAGGAAAGGAUGACCCACGGCACAUCCAAACUGGAGUGCCUCCUGUAGCCAUGGAGGACCCCACCACUUCCCCAGCCGCACCCAGGACCCGACGCAGCAUCACGGAGGUUGGUGGAACACUGGAUGCCACCCUCAAGUCAGAGACAGACACCAAGAAUUUAACAGGUCUGGGGCGAUUGGGCUGUCCUCCUGCUCUCCGCUCAGAAUAUUUACUUGAUGGUAACCUAAGCCCGAGGAUGGAUCUGUCCCAUCAGGACUUAAGUGACACAUUACAGACUGGCAAUGAUCCGUCCUGUUCAUACGCUACAGAGAUGAUACCUGGUGACAUGCCAGUCAUCUUAGAUACACAGACUAAUCCAAUGAGAGGGGACUGGAACCGGUACAGUAGUAGUGUAUACCCUGAAGGGUGCCUAGAUAAGAAAGGGGAGGUUAUAGUGAUAGAUGAGGUGACUGUGAAAGUGGAGAGCGACCCUCCUCUGACAUGGAAUGCAGACUAGACUCACUUAGGAGAAGGCCAUUCACAGGGCAACACCAGUGACUUCUUAGACUGCAGGGAAAGCUUAGAGACAAAUCUAACUGUUGCAACCCACUCCCCUUUACACACGCUCAGGGAUCACGACCCACUGUCCACGCCGAUGUCACCUUCCGAUUCACAAUACCUUUUCGAUCAGGUAUUGAACUCAAACGACAGGGCUAGAGUCCAGGCUCGGGGAUGGGGAGCCACAUCAGGCAAUAGCAAAGAGAAACGGUUCCUCUGCAUGUUCUGUAACAAAGGCUUCAACAGCUCCCAGAAGGUGGAGAUCCACCAGAGGGUCCACACAGGGGAGAAAUCAUGCAGCUGUACCCAGUGUCAUAUGCGCUUCACCCAGGCUGGCAACCUGAAGAGGCACCAGAGGGUCCACACAGGGGAGAAAUCCUACAGCAACCCUCAAGUGUGAGAAGAGGUUCUCCCACCAGCACCAACUGAACAUGCACUUAAGUCCACACGGGGGAAAGGCCAUUUGCCUGUAUGCACUACGGGAAGAGGUACUCCGAGGAUACACCAGCAGAAAAAACAUUCCACGGAUUGACCUAGAAAUGAACCAUUCCACUCGAUAGCUUCUGACGUUUAGAUCAAACCCUGCAUUAAAGACAAAGAGAAAUGUUAAUUGGUGUCAGCAGAAAAGCUCCACACAUACAUUUGGAAUAACAGAUUUCAGUGUUGAAUACUCCUGGGUAGAACAUUGCAUCCAGACAUGAUAUAAGCCUAAAAAGUCGGUUUCAUGGUGUUUGUACUGUGUAGGAUAUGAUGUUCAACUACCUAAUGUUUUUCCCAAGACACUUUUAAUGAGAAAAUGAAUGCAGUUUAUCAUGUUCAUUCUGAUUUUUAGUUGAGACGUAUGUGUGGUUUUAUAUGGUGUAUUUAAAAUGUAUGUUUAAUAUUCACAAAA